CUUGUUUCUGCAGAGGUGGUGUGCUAUGUUCAAGAAACGCUUUCGUCAUUCGCGUCGACGUAAGAUGGCCAUAAUUCGUCAGCUUGUCGUGCCUCUUAUUUACACAGUGCUUGCUCUGAUUGUCAUUGACACGAUUCUUAAGCCCGAGGACUCUCCUCCCAGAAUUUUGACGACAGCUUUGUUUUAUGAUAACAUUGCACUUUACGCAAUUGUUGGAAACCCGAACAGGGAGAUAAAUGAUCUGGUUAAAAUGUACACACACUCGGCAAGCUCGUACACUAAGUUCGUUGAUAUCGACAAAGAUAGUGCUUUACGUGAUGGGAACAUGACCAAAUAUUUGCUAGAAAAAGCCAAAAGAAGGAACAUUGAAUAUUUAAACAGACAUUAUCUGGUUGCAGCAACAUUUACUGAAGCAAAUAAAAAAGCAAUAGCCAAGGCUUGGUUCAACGAUCAAGCUUAUCAUGCGAUAGCGGUGGCACUGAGUGCAGUGGACAACGCCAUUUUGAAAAACACUUCCGGGAAUAAAAACAAAUUAAUCACAGUGACAAAUCAUCCUUUGCCGAGAACUACGAAACAAAAAUCAAAUGAUUUAGAUGAGUAUGUUAUUUUUUGCUUUCGAGCUUUUCCCAAACUUUCACAACAAGCGUUCCUAUAACUAUAUAGGGACAAGUAAAUAUGUUUUGUAUAUUCUUAAUGAAUAGCGUUUUACUAAUUAUUCACAUUAUUCACUGUUAAA